UUACUUUGGAUUGCUGCAGGUUACCAUGGCAGCACCUACUCAGCAGCCGACUGUCAGUGGUGGCAACCAGAAUCCAAGCAGUACUCCUUCCAUGACCAGUACUCGAGGUGAAAUCAACUGCGUCACACUGUGCCGACUGGGACAAGAAACUGUUCAAGACAUAGUCACUAAGACUAAUGAGAUAUUUAAUGUCUCAAAAACAAUGCAGUUACCCAAUGGGGUUUCCCCAGUAAACCCUAAUCACCAAGUCAAACUGCAAGAUCUCAUCCGGACUGCUCAGCGGCAUUUCAAGAGACUUCGGUUGUUGUAUGACAAGUGUAACCAACUAUCCGGAGGAAUGGAUCAGAGCAAUGCUGAGGAGUUGAUCCCAUGGAAGGAUGGAAAGGAUAGUCUAAGUGAUCUAUCAGGCCUUGGAUCAGAAGACAAAGUCACAUCUGCCAAUCAGGAAAAACAAGAAUUGGUAGAGAAAGUGCAAAGUAAGAACCAACAGUUGCAGCAGAUAAUAGAAAGACUACGAGCUUUGAUCUGGGAUAUCAACACAAUGAUGGCCAUGCGGCACAACACAUGGCCUUGAUUAGGAGGAAACCACAGUUUCAGGUCUUGUUGGACACAAGAGACACAUCAGAGCUUGGACAUCUACAUGAAUGAGAGAAAAAUCUAUGGCUUUGAUGGCCUUAAGACACACACAAUAGGGCCUUGAAGGCCACAAUAUUCACCACGGGACCUUGAUGGCAGUGACAGAACUACAUGGUCUUGAUGGCCACAAAAGAUGCCAUGUGACCCUAAUCUCUGUGAGAUAAACACAGUUCUGUGCCUUCGAUGGACUUGAGACACCAUUGAACUUUGAUGGUCAUGAUAGACACCAAAGGGCCUUGAUGGCCAUAAGAGUCAGCAAAGGGCCUUGAUGGCCAUAAGAGGUAGCACAGGACCUUGGUGGCCAUGAGAGACACCAUCAGACCUGUAUUGCCAUUGAGAGAGACCACAGAACCUUGAUUACUGUGGAAGAGACCACAGAACCUUCAAUUCACCGAGACACCCUGACCUUGAUUGCUACGAGAGACCCCUCAGAUCCCCAAUGGCCCUAAGAGACACCAUCGGUCCUGGAUGGUCAUGAGAGUGACCACAGAACCUAGAUCGCCCUGAUAUACCACAGGACCUUGAUGGCCCUGAGAGACACUACAGAACCUUCAUGGUUGUGGGAGAGACCACAGAAUCUUGAAUUCACUGAGACACCCUGACCUUGAUUGCCACGAGAGACACCUCAGAUCCCCAAUGGCCCUAAGAGACACCAUUGGUCCUGGAUGGUCAUGAGAGAGACCACAGAACCUAGAUCGCCCUGAGAUACCACAGGACCUUGAAGGCCCUGAGAGACACCACAGGACCUUGAUUGUCAUGAGAGAGACCACAGAACCUAGAUCACCCUUAGAUACCACAUGACCUUGAUGGCCCCGAGAGACACCACAGGACCUUGAUUGCCAUGAGAGAGACCACAGAACCUAGAUCGCCCUUAGAUACCACAGGACCUUGAAGGCCCCGAGAGACACCACAGGACCUUGAUUGCCAUGAGAGAGACCACAGAACCUAGAUCACCCUUAGAUACCACAUGACCUUGAAGGCCCCGAGAGACACCACAGGACCUUGAUUGCCAUGAGAGUGACCACAGAACCUUGAUGGCCACGAGAGUCACCAAGGGCCUUGAUUGCCAUGUAAGAUACACAACAUUAUUGCCUUAGUGACUACAAAGCACUUGAUGGCUUGAGAAAACUAAAGGGAGCAGGUAGCUUUGAUGAUCAUGAAAUGUAGAAUGUGACUUUGAUGGUGCUGCAUUGUAUGGAUUUGUGUGCAAUGCAAAUGUGUGAAUUAAUACAAGGGGCUUUGAUGUCGGAUACAAUAAACACCGCAAAAAAAGAAAGUCCACACUCAUUGGAGGGGUUACAAUUUUGAAUCUGAUCGUGUUUAUAUGAUAACAUCAUUGAUAUAGACCUUUGGGGAAUUUUGUUAGCUACAUUUUGAUACCCGGUGUGCUCCCAAAGACUGUGAAUCGUCCAAGAUUCAGAACAGUUUACGAAAAAUGAUGCAGUUUGAAAAGCUGCAAAAGAUUGCGCGAGGAGAAAUUGCUAAGUGUAACCACACAUGCCUGUAAUUGGCCCCUUUCGACUGAGCAGUGCCUGAACAAAGUGCGGGUAAUUUCAUUUCGCGUGCUCUCGAUCCCAUGCAUGCAAGCACUGUGCGAUCGGCAUUCCCUGCCGUUCGUUUUGGUCACGUCAGUGUUCCACUCGCGUACUCUUUAAAUUUGCAACUUUUGAAACUGCAUCAUUUUUCAUAAACCGUUGUCAAUGUUGGACGAUUUACAGUCUUUGGUAGCAAAAAAAUUAAAAAUAGGCCAAAGGUGCCAAAAUUGACAGUCAGAUAAGAAUCCAGUUCCCCCUUUUUAUAGAGUAGUGGCUCCUUGAGCAAUCCAUACUUCCGCUGACUGUUGUGACGUAAGCAUUCAUUCUGAGUUCAACUCUGGCUUUGCUUUAUGCGACUCGUGCACAUCAUGUGUUCAGCUGCAGAUAGUGUAGGGCUGUGCACUGGGAUUAUAUAGGAUAUUGAAAUAUUAUUUGUAACUUGCUUGUCCAGUUUUACAUGCACCAGUCUAAAAUUGCAUGCACUGGUCAGAAAUUAAACGGGACACUGAUCGGGAUGUGUCUGUGCCUAAUGUUGAACACUGAUAAAUGACCUUUAUAGAAUAUUAAGAGCAUUAUGUACAAUGUAUUUACUAAUUUUUUUCUUUAAGGAAGCUCUAAAAUCAUGCAUGUAAAUUGACUGUUGACAAAAAUGUGGCAUUUGACAAACACUAGGGAUCUACAUGAACUAUUUUUUUUCACUAGCCAGCCGGGCUACUGAAACAGACUCUUAACUAGCCCAC